UAAUCGUGAAGCUGCCAGUGCCACUUUUACAAUUCAAAUAUGAAGGUUUUCUUUGAGUUGUUAAAUGUAUGAAUUAUGAAGUGUGACUGACUAUUUGUUUAAGCAUUUUAAUGUAAUCCUUCAUUUAGUAUUAGUGUUCAUAAUUGUGACCAUUAUUUACAAUUAAGAAAAAGCUAGUUAAAGAGUAGGUAGGUAUUCUUGACUUGACAACUGACAUUUUUGACUUCAAGUCUCAAUUGCAAAUUGGAAUUUCGAAUUCGCGCCAAACCGUAGGAUUUGAAAUUAGUACCUAUUUCAUAAUUUUCUAUUAUGAAUUUAAGUAAGUUAGGUUUUGAUUGUUUAUGUCUUACCUCUUUUUUUAACUAUUUAGAACACUUAAAAUGAACAAAUAUGAAAUGUUUGAUAGUUUCUGUUUGUUAAAUUAAAAGUUAGUACCCAUUGAACAAAUUAUUAAUCAUAUAAAAAUUAGGAAUUACUGAUAAAGUUAUGUAAUUUAUAUGGUGGCGUUUGUGUAAUACAAUGAAUUCGCAUUUCAAAAUAAUGAAUGCAACUGACUUGUGGCAGAAAGAAACUAGCUUACCGUCUAUACCCACUUUUAGUCAAAGUCUGGAUAGUGUUUUAGGAAAUGAAGGAAUUCAAUUAGGAUCUAUCACUGAAUUAUUGGGAUUACCAGGAUCUGGAAAGACACAAUUGUGUUUGCAGUUGUGCGCAUCUGUCCAAAUUCCUAAAUCACUCGGUGGAUUGGAUGCUGAAGCUCUAUACAUUGAUACAAAUACAAAUUUUACACUGAGCAGGUUUAAGGAAAUUCUUCUUGCAAGUCAGGAAAAAUGCAAAAGUAUACUGAAUAUUGAACCCAUAAGCGAAGAAGAAUCUUUAAGAAAAUUACAUUACGUCAAUGCAUUUGGUUUAGAAAAAUUCUGUAGCCUUAUUUAUUCACUAUCCCAAGUGAUAGCUGAAAGACCUCAAGUUCGACUCAUAGUUAUAGACUCCAUAACUUUUCCUUUCAAGGAAGGUAUUUCAACAAAACAGAGGACAGGUUUAUUGUUUCGUUUAAUGGCUGAGGUUCAGAAGCUUGCGAUUGAAAAACACAUUGCAGUAGUACUAACGAAUGAGAUGAGCACUCGUGUAGGGUUGUCAACAGGGGCAUUGGUUGGGGCAUUUGGUGAUGCGUGGGCCCACAGAUGUAAUAAACGCUUGUUACUAACAGCGCCUAAGUUCUUAGAAAAAGAGAGAUUAGCAGCCCUGCUUAAGAGCAAUAAUUCACCAGAAACUGUGGGAAAAUUUCAAAUCACGAAGGAGGGCAUCAGGGAUAUAUGAAUAAAACACAUUUAAAACA